AAUUCAGUCUCCUAUACAAGGAAGGAAACAUAACAUAUGAGCAGUUGGAUGAGGUCCCAGGUGACAUGGAGUAGCACAUAUGCGGAUUUACCUGUGUGGUGUCUAUAAAUGUAAAUUAUAUAUAGGAAAUAUACUGAGGAGCAGCUUUUGCAUUAAGGACAGGCACUUCCAUUAAUAAUUAGAGGGGAUUGAUGUCAGGGCCUACUAUUGUAGAGGUUUCAGCAGGGAUAUUGGUUAUUGAUCCAAAAUUAUUGGGGAGAUUUAUCAAUCAUCCUAAAACCCUAUUAUAUGUAUGAAUCCAGCAGAUCAUCUACAUACAAAAGAGCUGGUUUGUGAUUGGUUGGUCUUGAUACAAGUGAGCUGGCCUGUGAUUGGUCGGUCUGGCUUGGCACCUGCACGGUAUGUUUGUCUGUUGUCCUGACAACCAACCACUCAGCUGGAGCGACCGCCAGAGGAGGAGCUAUUCUGUGAUUUCUGAGCCGUACAAGUGCAUUAUUGUAUUAUUUGUUGCGUCUUAGUGUCUGUGUGUGUUGUUUGUUGUUGUGUGUCUGUGUGUCUGUGCUUUUAUUUCAGGUAACACCUCACUUUCCGGUUAUACCAUCCUUUCCGGAUCAUCCAGUGAACGAGUCAAUAAGCUGACCUCUGUCUCUUUUUUUGGAGAUGGAGCGCCACACUUUUGAAAGGACACCCCACUAUGACUACACGGAUGACGAGGGGCUCUGGAAAGAAGAUGGAGGCCGUACCUGCAGGAGAAGAUGCCUGGGGACCUGGGAUCUUCGCUUGAGCCUGCAGGAUCCUGAUCAGGUCUUUGAGAUGAACAGAAGGGCCAUAGACAUUAUCACAGCGUUCCAGGAAGAAGAAGAAGAGGAGAAGAAGGAGAAGGAAAACAAAGAAGAGGAAGAGGAAAAAGAGGAGGAUGAAGGGGAGGAAAAAGAAGAGGAAGAGAAGGAGAAAAAGAAGAAAUAUGAAGAGGAGAAGGAGAACGAAGAUGAGAAGCAGGAUGAAGGGGACAAUGAAGAAAAAAAAGAAGAGAAGGAGGAAGAGAAUGACAGAAAGGAGAAAGAACAAGUGGAGAAGAAUGAAGGGCAGAAUGAAGCAGAGGAAGAGGUAAAGAAGGAGAAAGAUGAAAAGGUAAUAGAAGAAGAAGAAGAAGAAGAAGAGCUAACUUGCUGCACGUGGUUUUGUACACCAACUAGAGCCUUCAUCAGCAGCGUAACAAACUUUUUCUUUACCAAAUGUGGAGGACUCCCUUAACAUCAAGUGGAGUCUGGAGGAGGCGCUGUUAAAGAGAUUAUCAAUAGGUAUUACCUUUCUUCCCUUCCCAGCAGCUCACUUCUGAUUUGGUCUCUACUCUUCCUAAUACCUUCUGGUAUGAAAAGGUAGAUCUUAGAUGGCAGAGCAGGUACUAUGCUGAAGCCUUUACAUGCAGGUGAAACCAGUGGCAGCAAAUGUAUGCAACAUUGUGUGUACAUUGGCUACCAUAUGGAGGCAUGGUUUUGCCCACAUGUGGUGACCACAACAAAGUACUUGACCCACCAUCUCAUUCCCCCCCUUUUAUUCCAGGUGAUAAGUCAACAGGGAAAGAGACCAAGCUUGAAGUGAGCCACUGGGAACCAGGGAAAGAUAAUGCCAUUUUAGAUGCUGAGAUAACCCCUUUAACAUGUAGAGGCAAAUGAGGCGCCAUUACUAUCAGGAGGGUUCAUUUGCCUCAUAUGGGGUAGGAGGAGACCCCCUUUAAGAUCAAAGAUUGGAGGACAAGACUCCCUUAA